GACACCAAGAAGACGUAGUGUUUAUUUAUUUGUUUAUUUAUUUUUUUAUAAAUGGCAUGUAAUGAUGCCGUCAUCGUCUUUUAGAGAGGUGCGCUUCAUUUUGAAGCAGCUGCGUCUGAGAGCAGGCAGGAGGGCAUUAGCAGCACCCAGAGAUCAGUCAGCGCUCUCCGGCGGAGCGGCAUCCAAAGUGACAACAUCCGCGUCCCCUCCGCCUCCCCGCCGGCCGGGCGGAGGAUGCUGCGCGCCGCGGCUGACACCAGAGCCAGCGGGGCUGUUUUGAGCCGGACGGUGGGCGUGUUUUACCUCGGSACCGGACUCUCCAACUCAACGCCCCGCUGCCCGUUAUCAAGUCAUGUCUGAUGCAGAGCGAUGGGCAAGUUCGACGACAACGAGAGGAUAAUCCUCAACGUGGGCGGCACGAGGCACGAGACGUACAAAAGCACCCUGAAGACCCUGCCGGGGACGCGGCUGGCGCUGCUCGCCUCCGACUCGGACAUCGASUCGCUGCUGGAUCGGCUGCAACAAGUCCCCGGCUUCCUCGAGUACAACGAGCGGACCGACGAGUACUUCUUCGACCGCCACCCGGGCGUGUUCGCCUACGUGCUCAACUACUACCGCACCGGGAAGCUGCACUGCCCGGCGGACGUGUGCGGACCGCUGUUCGAGGAGGAGCUCUCCUUCUGGGGCAUCGAUGAGACGGACGUGGAGCCGUGCUGCUGGAUGACGUACCGGCAGCACCGGGACGCGGAGGAGGCUCUGGACGUGUUCGAGCUCAACGUGGACAGCAACGUGGACGAGGAGGACGAGGUGGGGAAGAGACUCGGUUUUGAGGACGUGGCCCCCGACGGGAACGCGAGCCUCUGGAGGAAGUGGCAGCCGGUCAUCUGGAACCUGUUCGAGGACCCCUACUCCUCCCGGGCUGCGCGGUUUAUUGCCUUUGCAUCCUUGUUCUUCAUCCUGGUCUCCAUUACUACCUUCUGCUUGGAGACUCAUGAAGCUUUCAACAAAAUCAUCAAUAAGACGGARGUACGGAAUAGCAGCGGGCAUGACUCAGGACCACAGUAUGAAAUUGAAACGGAUCCUGCACUCACAUAUGUGGAGGGUGUUUGUGUCUUCUGGUUCACAAUUGAAUUCCUUGUGCGUGUGACAUUCUGCCCGGUCAAGUUGGAGUUUGUUAAAAGUGUUCUCAACAUCAUUGACUUUGUGGCCAUUCUGCCCUUCUACUUGGAAGUAGGGCUGAGUGGUCUCUCUUCAAAAGCUGCCAAGGAUGUGUUGGGUUUCCUCAGGGUGGUGCGUUUUGUACGCAUAUUGCGUAUCUUCAAACUAACACGUCAUUUUGUAGGACUGAGGGUACUUGGCCAUACAUUGCGUGCCAGCACCAAUGAAUUUCUGCUGCUCAUCAUUUUUCUGGCAUUGGGYGUGCUCAUUUUUGCCACCAUGAUAUAUUAUGCUGAAAGAAUUGGUGCAAAGCCUAAUGACCCUACUGCUGCCCUCCACACCAAGUUCAAGAACAUUCCCAUUGGAUUUUGGUGGGCUGUUGUGACCAUGACUACACUUGGCUAUGGUGAUAUGUACCCAGAGACCUGGUCAGGCAUGGUGGUGGGUGCAUUAUGUGCUUUGGCGGGUGUGCUGACGAUAGCCAUGCCUGUGCCUGUUAUUGUCAAUAACUUUGGAAUGUACUACUCUCUGGCCAUGGCCAAGCAGAAGCUGCCCAAGAAGAGAAAGAAACACAUCCCCCAGGCCGUGCAGGGGAGUUCACCAACCUACUGCAAAGCUGAUCUCCACAUCACCUGUAACAGCACUCAAGGUGACCUGUGCCAUGUUAAAGGAAACAUGGUACAAGAACACAACUGUUCAG